AUGCUAUAUCUUGCAAUGAUGGCAGCUGUAUUGGCUGUUGCUGCGCUAUUGAUUGGAUAUGGCUACAUUGAGUCAUCAGGUGACACAGUGGCCGUGUGCAAUCCGUCAUCCGCCUUCAGGGGGCAAUCACAACAUGUCUGGAAUGGCUUCAAUCAUGUUAUUAGCUUCACGAUCAUUUUUGUGUACAGUGCUGCUCACGUGAAGUGCCGCCAGCUAAGCGGUAAUGUUGCCUUGACAAAGCAAUGUUGA